GGCCCAGCCCCAAAACCACGCAAUCCUUUCCGGGAAAUAUCGCUCGGGUUUAUCUAGGGUUUUAGCCAUUGUUGGGCAAUAAAGAAAAGUGAAAUCCUCAUCCCUGAGAGUGAAUCAAUGGAGGCGUUGCAGCGCUGCGUUGCGAAUCUAGUUGUUUACGUCCACCCUUCCAAGUCUAAGAACGUCAAGGAUGCUAUUCAUCGCGAAUUGAGCUCUCUUCUUUUCAAGUUUAGUGAUGCUUUUGAUGGAGUGAUGCUGGCUUAUGAACCGGAGUUCCGGGUUACCUUGGCAAAGAUUCUCCCAGGGAUUCAACCAUAUUUUGGUGUGACAUUUCAAGCAAAGUUGUUGACUUUUCAUCCAAAGAAAGAUAUGACUUUAGAAGGAGAAGUUGUAAAAGUUUCCCUACAGUCCAUUCACAUGAUCGUUCUUGGAUUUUCAUCAGCUGUGAUUGCCGAUGAAGAUUUGUGUGGAAAGUUCAAAUAUAAAUUUAAACGCGGUGAGGAAGUUUUUGUCAGUAGAUCUCAUAAAAGACAUAAGAUAAAAGUGGGAACAAUUGUGCGGUUCACAGUCAAGAGUUUCGACGAAGAAGUUCUUCACAUUUGUGGAUCGUUAAGUCCUCCAAACACCGGAAGUGUUCAAUGGCUAGAAAGGAAUGCACAAUGAUGAUAAAUUCAGGCAGCACUGCCACAGGGAGUUUGAUGAGAGGUUAAAGUUAAAGGUACUCUUUAAUUAAGCAUGUGAGAAUGCUUAGUAGACAUGUUCUAAUUUUGACUGUUCCUAGUCCAACUAAAGCACCCAAAAAUACAUAAAAGGUGGAGACUAUGAGGGGCUAAUGCAAAGUCAUGAAGUGACCUUUCUUUGGUGAUGUGCCAAUGCAUCUUUCUCCUAUUAACUGUUGUAUUACUCUUCCUUUGGUGGGACCUUGGAAUCCUUUAGUUCAUUGUCAUCCCCCCUCUCUAUCUCUCUUGCUAUUGUAAUUUUUAUUAAAUUAUUAUGUAUUUUUAUGGGUGUUUUAUUAUGUAUUUGAAUACGAAGUAUGGAGUAUUGUACUCUCACCGUCUCAAAAAGAAUUACACUUUUCAUCAUUCAAAUGUCUCGGAAAAACAAAUGCGGAAAGUUCGG